AUGGCUUCUAGUCGUGAUAGCAGUUCAAGUGAUGAACAGGAAACUUCGUUUAACACAAGCGAUGGGGAUAAGAAGAAUUACCAUCGCCACUCUAACCAUCAAAUUCAAAGGCUCGAAGCGUAUUUCAAGGAGUGUCAUCAUCCAGACGAUUCACAGCGACUUAAAUUGGGAGAAGAACUGAAACUUGAACCAAAACAAAUCAAAUUUUGGUUUCAAAACAAAAGAACACAAGCCAAAACUCAAAGUGAAAAAGCAGACAAUGCAUCACUUAGAACAGAGAAUAUGAAAAUAAGACGUGAGAACGAAGCUCUGCAAGAAGCAUUGAACACUGUGACUUGCCCGCCAUGUGGUGGCCCUCGUCCUGGGAAGGGAGAACGCGCACUCUAUCUCCAAAACCUCCGGACACAUAACACAUAUCUCAGAGAAGAGCGUGAUAGACUCUCAAGUCUGGUAAACAAGAGCGAAGGCCACUCGAGACCUAGCUUCAAUGCUUUGGCCUAUCACCAUGGUCCAUCACUGUAUGCUUCAGCUUCCAACAAUCCACAUGUCACAUAUGGAAGCUCUUCCAACUAUCGCGUGGAGCCAUCAAGCUUGGUUAGAGAACCAUACUCUCGUGAACGCAUAAACAUUGGCCAGCCACCUCAACCGCGAAACCCUAUACAACUGCAACGUUUCCAGCCGCUAUCUCAAAUGGAGAAAGUAACGAUGACUGAAGCGAUGGUAACUGCCAUGACGGAGGUAAUAACUCUAAUUCAAACUGAAGAAUCGAUGUGGAUCCAGUCAUCAAUCGAUGGUCGACUCGUCAUUGAUCAAAAGAACUAUGAGAAAACGUUUACCAAUCCCAGUCAUUUUAAGAGUCCAAGUUCUCGUAUUGAGUCUUCCAAGGAAGUCGCGGUGAUUCCAAUGGAUGCCAAAAAUUUGGUUAACAUGCUUUUAGAUACGGAGAAAUGGGCUAAUCUUUUCUCAACAAUUGUGAGUGAAGCUAAAACGAUUCACGUGCUAGAAUCCAUGGAUCCACGAAGAAACUUCUCGAAAUUGAUGUAUGAGCAACUGCACAUACUGUCGCCAUUGCUGCCGCCGAGAGAGUUUAUGAUCCUAAGAUGUUGCCAACAAUUGGAGGAAGAUGUAUGGGUGAUUGCUGACGUUUCGUACCAUCAAGUAGCCUUUGAGUUUGAGUUUGAGACUCCGGCUUGCGUCAAACGUCCUUCCGGUUGUCUCAUCCAAGCCUUGCCCAAUGGUCACUCUAAGGUGACGUGGAUGGAGCACGUGGAAGUAAAUGAUAAAGUGCGGGCACAUCGGAUUUACAGAGACCUCUUAUGCGGCGGCUUUGGCUACGGAGCUCGCCGUUGGACCGCUACUCUUGAGAGAAUGUGUGAGAGGCUGUCUCUCUACUCCGUCUCUGGCUUGCCGACCACCGACUUCCCCGGAGUUGUGGACACCAUGGACGGAAGAAAGAGGGUCAUGGAUUUAGGAGAAAGAAUGUCGAAGAAUUUCGCAUGGAUAUUAAAAAUGCCUGAAAAAUCCGGUUUUUCGCAACAGACUGCAACCAACAGUAGCGGAGUUAGGAUAUCGGUGCGGGUAAACGAAGAAGUAGGUCAACCUGCCGGUCUCAUUGUCUGCGCUGGUUUAUCUUUAUGUCUCCCUCUGGCUCCUCUCCAGGUCUACAACUUCCUCAAAAAUCUUGAGGUUCGCCACCAGUGGGACGUUCUCUGCCAAGCGAGUCCGGUCACUGAGGUCGCUCGCUUUGUCACUGGAGCAGACAAUAAGAAUUGUGUGAAUAUCCUCAAGCCUUCAAGUGCAACGGAGAAUGGUGCCUUGAUGAUAAUACAAGACAGCUUCAUAGACGCAUUAGGAGGUAUGGUGGUCUACGCACCAGUGGACCUAAGGACAGCACACGCUGCCUUUUUAGGCAAUGUCGAUCCUUCAAGCAUUCCAAUCCUCCCAUCCGGUUUCGUCAUCUCCCGUGACGGCCGUCCUCCUUCUGCCGCUGAGCUAGACGGUGGCCUCGACAAUUGUAAGACGCUCCUCACGGUGGCUUUCCAGAUCCUCGUCACUGGUCCGACUAUGUUUGAAGAAGACCAAAUGAAUGAAUGGACCACCAAAGUCCAUACCUUGCUUAGCUCGACUAUUAGAAGGGUUAAAGGCAUGCUUAACUGCGAUGAUGGUCAGUGAGAGCUGUUUCACAGUUCUCAAACUAGUUUCGUUCUCUUUAAAUCUUUUUAAUGUUUUUGAGUGGGAAGACUAUUCUCUGAUGAUUCUUUAUUGAAUCAAACUCAUAUCUUUCAUGCUUUUGGUUGGUUUAAAAACUUAUAAUAAUUUGAUUUCUAAGGGAAGGCCCUUAGAUAAAACAAUGUUAUGUUUG